AUGGCUGAUUUAACUGAUUCAAUGGCUCGGUGUCAAUCACCAUCAGCAUCAGUAUUAUCAUCAUCAUCAAAUAUAACGUCACCCAGUAAAAGUAGUAUCACCACAUCAUUAUCAGAUGAUGAAACUAUAAAAGAUAGUGAUAACGACAGUGAUAUUAUUUCUGAUGAUGAAUGUUCAAUUGAUCCAAGAAAAAUAACACCAAGACGAAUUAAUGAUACCGGUGGUGACAAUAAUGUUGCUGAUUUAAUUAAUCCAAUGGCUCGUUGUCAAUCACCAUCAUCAAAAUCAUCAAACAUAAAGUCUUCCAGUAAAAGUGAUCAUCAUAAUGAUAAUAAUACGUUGACUGAUGAUGACGAUGAUUUAUCAACGGUUCGUCAAUCUCCAUCGAGAUCACUUAAGAAUCCACCAGCAAAAAGUUUUACUGAUCGUCCAACGCCACCACCACCUCCACCACCGCCACCACUACCACCACCACCAAUAAAUAUAGAAUCAGAGAAUCAUACCACAAAAAGACAGAUUGAUGAUAAUAAAAACAACAGAAACUAUCAAGCAUCAAUGGAAUGA